ACGUCGUUCAUAUUUUGGUGAGAGACCCGGAAGUGCGGAAGAAGGCGAACACCGAAACCAGAAAGGCUCAACUUUCACCGACUACUUUGGUUUUAUUUCACUUAUUUUUCGGCGGACUUUCCGUGAGAAUUUCGUCGUGUGUAUUCCGUAAAUCCCAGAGAACAGCGUCAAGAUGCCAGCCAUGGAAAAACAUCUCUUUAAUUUAAAGUUUGCUGCCAAAGAUCUCCAAAGAAAUUCCAAAAAAUGCGACAAAGAGGAAAAAAUAGAGAAGGCUAAAGUCAAGAAGGCCAUCCAGAAGGGGAAUACGGAAGUGGCAAGGAUCCAUGCAGAGAACGCCAUCAGACAGAAGAACCAGUCUGUGAACUUCCUGAGGAUGAGCGCUCGCGUAGACGCAGUGGCAGCGAGGGUCCAGACUGCCGUCACAAUGAACCAGGUCACAAAGUCUAUGGCUGGAGUGGUGAAGGGCAUGGAUGCCACUCUGAAGACUAUGAAUCUGGAAAAGAUUUCAUCCCUCAUGGACAAAUUUGAGCACCAGUUUGAAACUCUGGAUGUUCAGACAGCCCAGAUGGAGGACACCAUGAGCAGCUCAACAACUCUCACAACACCACAGAACCAAGUGGAUUCAUUGCUGCAUGAAAUGGCUGAUGAAGCAGGGUUGGACCUGAACAUGGAGCUCCCUCAAGGACAGACAGGAUCAGUGGGUACCAGCGUGGCCUCUGCAGAACAGGAUGAACUGUCUCAAAGGCUUGCCAAACUCCGAGAUCUCGUGUAAAGAAUACUGCGGUGGACUGGCACUGUGAUGCAGAGCUAUAAGACACCUGUACACUACCUGAAUAUUACUCCCAAACAUCUUUUAUUUACAUCUUGUCUUCUCUCCGACUUACGUCUCAUGCAUCUCUGUUAAGGAGCUACUGUAUCAUUGUUAUGUUUUUCCACAUGUAAAGGCCCUUGUUGGUUCUGUGUUCAUAACAUCACAACAAUUGUAAUUAUUCCUUGGCCAUCUUUUGAUUUACUAAAAGAUUUGCUCUUUAGGGAAAAUGUAUGUAUUUCUUAAAAUUAUAUAUAUUUACCAAUAGUGAAUCCAACAUUAUUGCUAAAUAAGUAUACUUCAGAACUCCAUAAAUACAAACACGCGACAGUUAGAACCCCGUUUCAUAUACUGGUGGUAAAUAAGCUUAAGAUUUUGGAUGGAAAAAAAUAUUAUUAUUAUUUUUUUGUUCAUACUGGCAUGAUUGCAGAUGUCAUUUAUGCAUUUUUCUCUUCAUGAUAUGGGAGUGUAAAAGCCUUUCCUCCUGACUGGUGAAUUGACUUCUUCAGUUGAUUUAUUGUAUUUUAUUUGUGAUUCAUAUCCUAAGAAGAUCCUGGACAAGUAGCCUGUGUGUUUGUCUGGUGAUCUUCAGUGUUUUCACUGAUCACUUGGGGAGGGCUGCAGUUUGGAAAUUAAACAGUAAGUGAAAAAUAAAAUUUUAUAAUAAUUGUA